CUGCCCCCCUUUACCCUAAUCCGACCGCCGCGCCAGGCCGCUAGCUACUCCUAUACUCGCCGAGUCGCCCGCCAUCUCGCCCUCGCCGCCUCCCUCGCCCUCCCCUCGACCUCGUGCGGUCGUGCCCGCGGCGGCCGCUGCUCGUCUGCUCCGAUGGCGACUGUGCCAGUCAACCCUAAACCUUUCUUGAACAACCUAACAGGGAAGCCUGUAAUUGUCAAACUUAAGUGGGGUAUGGAGUACAAAGGUUAUCUUGUUUCUGUGGACUCCUACAUGAAUCUUCAGCUUGCUAACACAGAGGAGUACAUUGAUGGGCAAUUCUCUGGGAACCUGGGAGAGAUUUUGAUCAGGUGCAACAAUGUUCUGUACCUCCGAGGUGUUCCAGAGGAUGCUGAGAUAGAGGAUGCAGAGUGAGAAGACUUGAACCAUGUUUAGAUUGAUUGAUGUAAUAUGAUUCUGACGUGUGUUUGGGUGUGCCGGUGACAACCUAUUCUGCCGAAUCCUAGCUUUGAACUUUAUGAUUGAUGAAGCGUGUCCUGCUUUCAGUUAGGCUAUACUGUCAUUCUGCUGAACGUUUGAAGUUUGAACUGAGAGCUAGGACUAGAGAUGAUGUUCAAACUUUCUGUUAUGAGUAUUCUGUCAUUCUGCUGAAUCUGAGAAGCAUCA